UGGUGACACCUCUCUCAGUCUCUCUCAUUUAUGAUCAGUGACAGUAGUACAAUCUACUUGUGUACAUAUUGGAGUAUAUUGCGGGAGAAUACUGCAAUGUCGUGUGGAAGGGAUGACGAUAUCUCCGUUUAUCUCAGAAUUCAAUAAGUAAACCUUCGGACAUUAUCUACAUUUUUUUGUGACCCUCUCCAACAUGGAAUCCCUCAAGACCGAAAAGAACAGAUCCUUAGAGGUGGCAACCGAAACCGACGGUGUCUCCCUUAGACAUGCGGACGACAUGCUCCUUGCGCAGCUCGGAUACAAGAGUGAAUUUAAACGCGAAUUCUCCCUCAUUGAGACUGUGGCGUUUGCCUUUUCUAUAAUGGGGGUCAUUGCAUCUGUAUCCUCGACAUUAACCUUUGGUUUGGAAAGCGGUGGCCAUGUCGGAAUGGUUUUCGGAUGGCUGAUUCCCAGUCUCUUCGUAUUGACCGUCGCGCUUUCCAUGGCAGAAUUGGCCUCCGCAAUGCCUACGAGCGCGGGACUGUACUACUUUGCCGCAAAGCUUGCUCCUUCUGAAUAUUCUGCACUUGCAAGCUGGAUUACAGGCUGGGCCAACAUAACUGGUCAAACUACUCUGGUCUGCUCUAUCGACUUUACUUGUGCUCAGAUGAUCACAACUGCAGUCUCUGUGGCGUCUGAUGGUUCUAUUGUCCUGUCCUCCGGAGCCACUUAUGGGAUCUUGCUAGCCAUUCUGUUUUCACACGGGAUUGUUUGCUCGGCUGCGACAAGCGUUCUCGCCAGGCUCAACCUUUUCUACGUUUUCAUCAAUGUCGGAACCACGGUCGCCGCCAUUAUUGCUUUGUUAGUCAUUUCGGACACCAAGGUCUCAACUCGGGAUGCUUUCACACUUUUUGAAAACAAUACUGGAUGGUCUGAUGAUGGUUGGGCAUUCAUACUCGCAUUCACUGCUCCUAUGUGGACUCUUACUGGCUACGACUCUGCCGCGCAUAUCUCUGAAGAAGUAGCUGGUGCAGCUAGAGCGGCACCCAUCGCGAUUCUCGUUGGUGUAGGUGCAACAGCAAGUCUCGGAUGGAUUCUCUUGAUUGUAGUUUCUUUCGUUACCCCUUCAAUCAGCAAUCUCCUAUCGUCUGAUCUGCCGUUGCCUAUGGGGCAAGUAUUUCUGGACGUGCUUGGGAAGAAAGGAAUGUUGACGAUAUGGAGUUUGAUAAUUGUUGUCCAGUAUGUUACUGGCGCUGCGCAAGGUGUAGAUGCUUCUCGUGUCGUUUUCGCGUUUUCACGUGAUAAUGCUCUUCCGGGUUCUCGCUGGUGGAAACAGAUCAAUUCCUACACUCAGACACCUGUAAAUGCCGUAUGGCUCGUAAUGCUCAUAGCAGGAAUAUGUGGGGUUCUUGGGUUUUCAGUCACCGCAUUGAAUUCUUUAGCUGGGUCUGCCGUCAUCGGUCUCUACACAUCCUAUACAUUCCCUAUAUUUCUGUCCGUCAUCGGUGGUCGUGAAAAAAUUACUCCUGGGCCUUUCACUCUAGGACGACUUUCAAAACCUAUAGGGUGGAUCGCGGUGACCUGGGUGACCUUCAUCGUCAUAAUGCUUUUAUUCCCCCCCGGCUCACGUACUACAGGUUCAGAUAUGAACUAUUCAAUCGUGAUAAUGGGUGCAGUUUUUGUUUUCGCGACAGCUUGGUGGAUUUUCUCUGCCAAGAAGUGGUUCCAUGGGCCUAUCAUAAAUGUUGACGGUUUGAGUGUUGGAGAGAAGGAUGAUACUCCCGGAGAGAGUGUUGAAGGACAAAUAUCAAGCUCAUGAUUUUACAAAGUGAAAUUCAAUGGAAUAUGCUGCCUCGUCUGCUUGUUUGCAAUCAAUGCUGUACCUCUGAAAACAUCAACCGUCAUUAGACUAUUCCCAACGUCCAU